CAAGCAAUGCUCUGGUGCCUUUCAAUCAGGGUGCAAUGGGAGGGAAAUUUGGUCAAUCUGGGGGUCAAAUGAUGGAAGACUCGAAUCGAGUGAGAGCACUUGAAAUGAGACUGAUGGCGGCGGAGCAGAGCAACAAGACAGUUCUCGAGGAGGUGGUCCGUCUGCAGAAUGAGAUGAGAGUGACAGUGAGACGACUGGAGGAGAACUACAGCAAAGAGCUGGCUGAGAGGAGCCAGGUGGACCAGGGGGUGAGGAGUGCCAGCCAGAGUGUGCAGCAGAUGGCCAGUCGCAUCCAACAGAUAGAACAGAUGAUGGAGCAGGGUCAGUCAAGUGUGACUAAUCUGACAGGUCAGGUGAAGAGGAUAGAGACUAAUCUGAUGAGUGCUCAGAGAGAUGUUCUUCAGAGGAAUGACUCAUACUUCGCAAGACUGAACACAGUGUCGCAGUCAGUUGAGGAGUGGGCGGGGGAGAGGGCGAAGAUGCAGAGUGUGGUUGGGAUGUUGGCCCAGGAGGUGAAGCAACUGAAACAUGCCCUGGAGGUGAAACAGCUGGACUACCAGACACUCCAGCAGGAGAUACACAAGCGAAGUUCACAGAUAGAGAAUGAGUCACAAUCUAUGGUUGAUUACUUCAGAAAAACUCAAGAUCACCAGUCAGAUGCAGAAUACCAACAGCAGCAACUAAGAUCCAACAUCGAAUCAAGACUGUUGGAGGUGCGUGACUCUUUGGUGGAUCUUCGCAACAGAUUCAUGAAAGAGGAAAGCGAGCGGAGAAACACAGAACAAGCAUUCACCAAAAGAUUGUCGGAAGAACAUACGCAAAUAGCAGACCAGAGCAGACAGAUGGACGAUCUCAGACACGAACUGGCUAGACUGUCCUCGUCUACGAAUCAGGCAUUCGACAGGGAGCGUGUGGAGUUUGGGGAGCGUGUGAUGAAGAGCGAGGAAGACCAGAAGAGGAAGUUGUAUGCUUUGGAAGUGGCACUCAAAAACGACCUCCUGGGAAGAAUCUCAGAGUUCGAAAAAAUGUACCAAUCGGAGAAGGAGCACCGACAUGCAUCUGAGAAAGUGCUGCGUGAUGAGUCACAUGGUGCACUUAGUGAGAUGCAGAAGAAGAUGGAUGCUGAGAUUGGGGAACUCAAGAAGAAGAUCAAGGCAGACAAAGCAAAACUGAGCGGUGGAUAUUCCGAGUUGAACAAAAGCGCCGAGCUGAUAGACCGACGACAUGGGGAGUCGUUUGAGAAACUGUCUCGGCUGCUCAAAGCCGAAAUAUCCUCUCGUGAAUCACAAGAUCAGGCUGUGUCGAACAAAACUGACGAGCUGAAUCACAAAUUGGGCAUUGCGAUCAAGACUAUGCAGACUAGUAUUGGAUCCGUGGAGACAAAGUAUCGAGAUCUGAAGGAAUCGUACACGCGUGACGUCGACGAUCUCAAAACCGAAGUUCAACUUAGCAUAACCCGUUCUCUCGGCGACUUGGAUGUACGUGUCGGCACUCUCACCACUCGGCUAAAGGACCUGAAAACGACAACUGACUCUAAACUGACUGAGUUUGAGAACGACCAGGCGGAUAAGUCGGCUAGAUCGACUCAACAGAUGGCUCUGUGGCACGAACAGAUUUCGACCAGGGUCACCGAUUGUCAAGAAGGCUACUCGAAGUUGAAACCGAUGAUCACCGAACUGCAGGCGCAGAUGGGAAAUUUCCGACUGGAGGCCAACUCAAGAUUCGACCAAGAGCAACAGAGCAGCUCUCUGUCGGAGAGACUUCGUCGUUUAAUUGAUGAGAUGCACCAGUUGCGUGAGAAACUGACCCACUUCCCCAGUCGGUUCAGAGUGGACCAACUGGAGGAGAGUCUAAACCACCAGAGGGACGACCUUGACCUAGCUCUGGCUGAGUGCCAGAGGAUAGGGGAGGGGUUUGUGGGGUUGCAACAGAACACUGACACCAGGCUGAGUGACGAAACCACUGUGCGAACGCAACAGCUAACAGAGCUACGCGAGAAACUUAAACGACUCCAGAAACUAGUCGACACUUACCACCCCCCGGCUAACGGCGCCGAACAACAAUUGGCAAAACCGAACAACAAUCCCCACCUGCCGAGCCAAAAUGACCCGAACACACCCGAUGCUCCUAAAAUCAUGAGUCCACAGUCAAGUAACCCAGAUCCCGAGAGAUGGCAGGACGCAAAUGCUAAUUGAUCGUAGUUGCAGUUACUAACCUGCUACUUAAUUCGAUUAUUUUAUCGGUUUUUCUGGUGGGGGAGGGGGUCAAGGCACAGGCGGAGAUUCAAAACUUUUUUAGAUCGACCGGAUGGAUUUUUUAAACUUUUCCCAAACACAAAGCGAAACCUAUUUUGCCAAAACUUCAGGCGCGGCAGUCAAUUUUUUUGCAAAACGAGGCAAAAUUGGACAUUCGACCAAAAAAGACAAAUGUCCAAAAAUCAAAAAUUUUUGACACGUGCAUUUAGAAAUAAUUUAGUAUCAGAUUAAAUUGAUGUCGCAAAACAGAUCCUGCUCGGAAUUUUCGGGUGUGCUUUUAAGGCUCAUUUGUAAAAAAUUCAGCUUGAGAUCUAUUGAGAGACUGUGAAAAUGUAUGGUGUGUAUUCAUUUGUUGAGUGUGAAAAUUCGAAGAUAGUUUUAUCUGGCUGCCCUGUUUGUAAAAUCAAAUUGACCUCAAUGUAAAAUGUAAUUGAAUUAUAUUUUAUUUGAAUUA